AUGGGUAUCAAAGGCUGGCAUUACAGGGUGCUUCGUUCCUCCAACUUCAAAAAGAUGCUCGCCCUUGUCCCCGAUGGUGUAAUCACCGCGGUCCAUGAGUUUAUAUAUUAUACUGAGACUGAAAAUGAUAUCGAACUCCACUUUGAGAACGGAUACCAACGUAAGGUCGAUAUCCUCGUCGGUGCAGAUGGUAAUCGAUCAAAGGUUUCACAACAGGCUUUUGGCGACCCUCACCUAUUUCACACCGGAAUUCGUCUUUGGCUCGCCUGGUGCGAUUACAUUCCCGAUAUCCCUCCCAAUUAUGGUGUUGUCUCUCAUGACUACCAGCACCAAACCAGCUUUUUUCCAAUGCUGCAUGUGGGGAAGUCCAGGUUUGAGUGGUGGGUAGUCGAGCCGUCUUGGGAGGGGAAGCCUGUCCCGGAAGACCCAAAGGCAUAUCUUAUGGAAAUAUUAGAAGACUGGGCACAGCCAAUGCCUCGUUCUCUAGUGGCCACUAACUUUGACAGGCAGAUUUAUUGCUGGGAAAUCUAUAAUUGA